AUGACGCAUUUGGAUAGCGAUAAUGGAGAUCGUCUUCGAGCUAAACUUUUGCAUAGGUCCCACACAGCUGAGCGUGUAGCUCGCAAUUGGGCUACGGUUUUUGCGCAUAAUUAUGUCCGUGAGAUCUCUUGUUUUGGAACCCCUCCUCGUGAUCUGGAUAUCUUCCCAUCUGAUGGAAAGCGAAAUGGUGCUGUUACGUGGAUCAAAAGCUUGAAGCGGACGCGUUCUGAUGAUAGGAUACCACAGAUUGAAUGUCCUGAUGCUGAAAGCAUGGGCGACUCGGUCUUUGAUGCACCUAUGGAAUCUGCUGACUCAUCGAGAGGUGCAGAGAUUGAUAGGGGAAGCGACUCUGGUUGUUCAAGUGAACGAGCAGGAAGGAGCGCUACAAAGAAAGAUAUAUCGAAGCAAAGCCCUUGCAUUUGUGACGUAGAUGAAAAGUUCAUCAAUACUCGAUGUGGUUCUCCUUCUUCGGCAGUGUUAUGCUGUAUUGGGUAA